ACACCGUUACACACGCUCGCGCAGAGCGAGGGAGGUCUCUCCUUCAUGUCCCACUGACUUGAUCUGAAACUCGCAGGGACUCCAGCUCUGCCUGCCGUCCUCCUCACUGUGUCUCACUGUCUCACCCCGGCUCACUUUCUGUCACUAAAAACCAGGAGCUUUCAAGCACGAGGUGGUUAAUGGACCUAUAGGAGCAACAGGAGGUUUCACGAGCGUGUCACCGCGAACGAGACGGAUUUAACGGAUUUAACUCUUCCAUCCACCCGGUACCGGAGCCACUGUGACCCGGGACACCUUCAGGUACGGCAGCCCCGUUAGUUUGUCCCCCGUCAUGCGUCCCUCAGUGGACCCUGUGUGUGUUCGCUGCGGCCUCGUCCUGGUUCAGGUUCUGGUCCUGGUUCAUCGUGCAGCAGGAUACAGUUUGGAUCAGGAGCACAGCCUGGAGUUCAGCGGCCCCUCCUCCUCCAUGUUUGGAUACUCAGUCCUGCUGCAUCGCCAUGGAGCUCACAAAUGGUUGGUGGUUGGAGCUCCAGUAGCAAAGUCUCCCCACAGUUUGUCGGCUCAGUCUCCAGGAGCUAUUUACCGCUGCAACAUCACCGCUGAGCAUCGCCACUGCCACCGCAUGCACUCUGAGGUGCAGACCUGUGGAAAAACGUGUGAAUCAGACAGUGAUCAGCAGUGGCUGGGAGUCAGUCUGUCCAGACAACCUGGAGACAACGGAGGACACAUCCUGGCAUGUGCUCACCGCUGGAAGAACGUCUUCUACUCAAACAAAGACAGUCAGAACCACAAGCUGCCCAACGGACUCUGUUACCGCUACAGCAACGACCUGAGUCAUACCCAACCCAUGAUCCCCUGCUACAGAGAUUACCAGUGGAAGUUCGGUGUGGAUUAUGGGUCAUGUCAGGCCGGUAUUUCCAACUUCCUGACAGAGGAUCUGGUCAUCAUGGGGGCUCCGGGGACAUCUUACUGGACGGGUUCUGUUUUGGUCUUUAACACGUCCAGCAGAGGGAUGUCACUGUACCUGGACGACGAAGCCGGAGCUGUCGGCUUUGAAAGCUACCUGGGAUACUCUGUCGGAGCCGGUCACUUCCUGAGUCCUGAUUCUCUGGAAGUGGUGGGUGGAGCUCCACGAUACAAAAAGAAGGGCAAGGUCUUCAUAUUCACAGUAGACAAUAACAUGCUGCGGGCUGUCUCAGAAGUGUCUGGAAAAGAGCUGGGAUCUUACUUCGGCUCCAGCGUGUGUGCGGUGGAUCUGAACAACGAUGGUUUGUCAGAUCUGUUGGUCGGUGCUCCCAUGGCGACAGGCGUCACCAGGGAGGAGGGGAGAGUCUAUGUGUACAUCAACCAGGGACAGGCCGAGCUGUUGGAGGCUCAGUUUGAGCUGACAGGCAGUGACGCCUACGCCGCCCGCUUUGGAGAGACCAUCGCCAAUCUAGGAGACCUGGACGACGACGGUUACCCCGAUGUGGCGAUUGGUGCCCCACAGGAAGACGACCUAAAAGGAGCCGUCUACAUUUACAACGGCAGGAAGGAGGGCAUCUCCCCAACUCCAUCUCAGAGGAUUACUGGAUCCACAUUGGGUCGUGACCUCAGGAUGUUCGGCCAGUCGCUCAGCUCCAGCAUCGACAUCGACGAUAACGGCUACCAGGAUGUGGCGGUCGGAGCAUUCCUCUCAGACUCUGCAGUUGUUCUCAGGUCCCGUCCAGUGAUUCAGGUGAAGGCAUCUCUGACCCUGCCUGAGCAAAUCGACCCACAGUUGGCGCUGUGCCAAGGACACAAGAAUCCAACCGUGUGCUUUAAUAUAACUGUCUGCUUCAGCGUCAGGUCCAGACACUUCAGAGGAGCUAUAGAGCUUCAAUAUAAUUUGACCUCUGACCUCCUCCAUAAACCAUCCUUCCCUCAUCGAUUCUAUUUCCAUGGUAACGGGUCAUCCAAUAGCACAAGGGGACGUGUGAAAGCACGACAUGGCCAGCUCACUUGUACAACACACGUGGCUUACCAAAGGAAAGAUGUGAGGGACAUUUUUACUCCAGUCCAGUUUGAGGUUUCCUACAGUCACAGAGAAACAACCCCCCACCGGCACGCUUCCAAAACCUUCCCUCCAUUAAAACCCAUUCUGCAGCAGAGCGCAGGGCACACCAAUACCAUCACCAACCAGACUUGGUUUGCUCGGCGCUGUUCUCUGCCCAGCUGUUCGACCAACAUGGAGCUAUCAGCUAAACUAGUGCUGCCAAAUCAGCAGCAGUACUUUCCUCUGGGCUCUGGACAGACCAUCAUGUUGAAAACCGUGCUGCUGAACUCCGGGGACGAUGCCUUCUUACCGCGACUGACGCUGCGUUUCCCCAACAACAUCUACUACAUUAAAGUUCUGAACAACGAGGAUAACAUGGUCAGCUGUGACGUCCUACAGGAAGCCAACAGCACAAUGGAAGGUGUGGACUGCGGCGUCAGCAGCCACCUCCUGCCAGCCCACGCUCAGUUAAAUAUCAGCUUCCUAUUGGACGUGAGCCAGAACAGCACACCUGGUGACAUCAUGAUUCACGUCAACACCAGCAGUGAUAACUAUGAGAGGGAGGAGUAUCUCCAUGACAACGCCGUCAGCUUCACUCUGCCUCUGAAAUAUGGCGUCAACGUCAACAUCCACGGUUUUGUCAAUCCCACCUCGUUUGUGUUUGGUGAUGAAGACUCCAUUCCAGUUGACUGCUACCAGGAAAGAUUCAACUAUACGUACAAGGUGUUAAACUAUGGUCCCAGCAGCUCUCUGGAUACCGUGGUGGAAAUUAUGUUACCAAAGAUCCUCGCACCUUACCAACACAGACUGCUGCAGGUGAUCGAAUGGCAGACGUCUCGUGGUGUGUGUUCCAUCAGUGACACUAUUCCAGUCAAAGACGACUGCGACGUCCCUCAAGCUUCCGUCAUCAAACAGCUUGUCUUCUUCUUCUCCUCCACCUCCACCCGCAGAAUGUUUUGUGGCGGCGAUGAGCUGUGUGAGCGCUUGGUGUGUCGACUCGGUAACCUGGAGGUCGGGAAAGAGAGCACUAUCCAGCUGGAGAUAGGACUGAACCCUGCUGUGCUACUGCAAGCUCCGGGUCGUCAUGGUAUCAUGAGGAUGGAGAGCAGCGCAAUGAUGUCAAACCCCCAAGGGCCCAACACCGUCCUCAUCCACGGACAACCUGUAGCACAGGUGGUGGUGGAAGCUCUUUUUACCCAGAAACCCUCAACAGUUGUGAAGGUCUUCAUCAUCGUGAUCAGUUUAGCUGUGGGUCUGUUGAUCCUGGCAGCUCUCAUCUGGUGUCUGUGGAAGGCUGGAUUCUUUAAGAGAGACUUCCAGAAGAAGAAAGAAGAGUCCAGGAGAGACAGCUGGGAUUAUGUUCCUAAAUAUGAUAAAAGAGAGAGCACUACCUAAAUCCGACCGUCACCUCUUACUGCAACCUCCGACCUCUGACCACUGAGUUCACAAUGUGACUGCAGCAGUUUUAAUGGGACAUGAAACUGUCAGAGAUGGAUGGAUUACUGUGUAUGACAAUACGGCAACAGAGUUUGUCCAAAGUUUGCAGUACUUUCUACUGGUGUUGAACAUCAGCCAAUGAAAACCUGUCCAGACUGUCAGCUGAUUUGAAGCCACUCGUAACAAGUUGGCUGGUUACAGAACUGUCCUGAGCGUGAUGGAUGAUCAAACGUCCUGUGUACUCGUACACCUGAAUUUAAGUGUGCCUUUAUUAAAAAACCAUGUUGCCUGAUGUGCCUUCACAAAUCCAGACCAGUUCAAAGACUGCAGCCAUGUACAGAUGGAGGAAUAAUAAAAAGGGAAGUGAACCUGAACCUCACACCUGGACUGGUCAGAAGGCCUGGGGCUUCCUGUGACAGUCACUGAUGACCUUCUCAAGAGGAAGCUUACCAAAGGAAGUGACUUUCUUAUCUCAGGGGAUGAAGAUCUGGCCUCUGAUUGACUCCUAACUCCUACGUCUGUACAUUAUCUUCCUGCUUUUUUUGUUUACCUGUUGACUUUAUGCACUGGUGACACACAGAGCAGACUCUCUGCCUGUCUCACCAUUCCACCAGACGCUCUCCAGACAGAACAAGCAGUCAUGUGAAGGCUGCUGGGAAGUGAAGUCAUACAGAAAUUGGCAGAAUCACCGGUCACCAUGGUGGUCGAUGGAUUUGUUCACAUGGGUAAAUAAAUCUGACUAUGACGGACGUGAAUUUGACCAACAGGAAGUUGUCCUGACAGUCAGAGUAAGAAUUGCUUCUGGUGUGAAGACGGUUGUGAGACAGGACACACGCCUUCUUGGUGAAGACAACAACUGCCAGUUAUUUGUUAUUUGGCCUCAGGGAUGUGAGGCAGGAGAACUAUUAUGAACUAUUAAGAACUACUUUGUUGCCAAACUUGUGGAAAGAAAUGUUGAAUGUUAAAUGUUACUGUGCCUGAGCCUUCACUCCGUCAGUCAGUUCACAUUCGUCAGUUGUUUUUCUGAUCCGCUGUCGGCCUGUGAAGUUUGCUGUGCAGCUUUUUUUUAACUUCCGCCACGAGGAAGCGAGAAAGCAGCAGAGAACAGGAAACUGUUUUGAUGUUUUAACGUAGUCAGCCAUGGCCACCUUAAAGAAGAAAAAAACCCUUCUGCUCCACUGUUCUGAACAAAUAUCAUGUGACAUCCAGUCAAGCCUGAAUGCUUUUCACUGUUUUCACUGAGUGACAUAUUUCCGAUCAUGCCCGCGUGAAUGCAAUAAUAACACAUUUCAUUUACAGAGCGUGUUUCAAAGAUGCUGUACAGACUGUAGAGGUGAGAGGUUCACUGGAGCUGAUGUCACCUGGUUCAACAGAACCCAGGGAGACUUCAGAGGUGGACUGGACCUCAGAGGACGAGAUGUUGUUGGGUGACAGAUUGAGACACACAGGUUGAAUGAUUACUUGAAAAGCAGCAUUCAAAGAUAAAAAGUUUUACAGUAUUUAAAUAUUCCAAAGCAUUGUUUGACUGUUUCAAACAGUGGCUUCUCCCCUCCCUUUAUGUAUUUAGUAAAAAAAAAUGCACACGACACAGAAAGAUUUUUCAAGAUUUUAAUGAAUGAGUUUGUAGAUUUUUUUUUUUAUGUGAAGUUGUUCUGCACUGGAGAGUCUCACUGCUUUUAUCAACACGUUUCCAUUAAAAUGAAGGAUUUUCUAUUUAAA